CACCUCCAAUAGACGGACAACUCCCUUGAGCGGACAUUUUUUUUGAUCCCAUUGAAAAUACACUAAAUUCCCAUAUGCUUUAACGGACACUCUCUCGGGCGGACGCGGACACCUAAAAGUGGUCCGAAGAACGGCUAAACCACGCUAAACCUUCUCUUGAGCGGACACAGAAAAAAUUUAAACACGCAAUCGGGGGUUGCAUUGGCGCCAGAGCCUGGGUUUUCCCCGAUACGACGGUACUCCUCGCAUGGCGCCGGUUUGUCGGGAUGUUUUUGUGUUUUGACUGUUUUGUUAAUGCAUUUGGCUUUAGUUUAUUGUCGUAUCUUCUAGCGUUAUUAGCGUAACAACCGAUAUGUCGUCGAAACGUCGAAGUGCUAACUCUUAAAUAAAAAGUUGAGGUAAUUCAGAUUUUUAAUAAAGACAAACGGUUUGGAAUAGGAAAAACACAGGCAGCUGAGAUUAUUAAAAAUAAGGAUGUUUUAUUAAGUAAGUUCCACUCAAAUGUAAAUGUGAAUGAAAAAAGAAGCUUCCUAAGAGAAGAGGGCAGAAAUAUUGACAGACAGUGCUAUGAGUGGUUCAUUAGAGCUCGAAGCAAAAAUAUUCCAUUAUCAGGUUAAAACGAAAAGCCAAAGAAAUCACUGAUGGUUUGGGGUAUAGAACUUUCAGUGCAUCAGAAGGUUGGCUGCAAAAGUUUCGUACCCGGCACAACAUUGCUUUUAGAACUAUCAGUGGGGAGGACGCAAGUGUGAACUCUGCCGAUGUCACGACAUUUUGGGAGAAAGUACCAUCUAUAAUUAAGAACUAUGCUCCCAAAAAUAUCUAUAAUGCUGAUGAGACUGGGCUAUUUUUCCGAGCAGUGCCAAACAGGACUCUACAUUUGAAGCGAGAAAGAAAUUGAAGGUAAAUUUUCAAAAGAGAGACUGACUAUACUUUUUUGUGUAAAUAUGGAGGGACAAAAAGAAAAACCUCUAGUGAUCGGAAAAACGGCCAAACCAAGAGCAUUUAAAAAUAUUAAUGUGAAAGAAUUGCCAGUUACUUAUAGGUGGAAUAAAAAAGCUUGGAUGACCGGUGAACUAAUGGCCGAAUGGUUAAAUCAAUUUGAUGAAAAAAUGAUGCGUGAAAAACGAGAAAUUUUAUUAUUUCUCGACAAUGCAUGUUGUCACCCAAAGGAUAUAAGAUUGAAAAAUAUUAAAUUGAUUUUUUUGCCUCCAAACUGCACUUCUAUUGUACAGCCUUUAGAUCAGGGCAUUAUUAAGGGUUUUAAAACAUUUUAUAGGACAAUCAUUAUUAAAAAACUUUUAUUAGCCAUAAAUACUGCUGAAUCAGCCCAAGAAUUAGCCAGAAAAAUACACGUCCUAGAUGCAAUUUACUUUAUAAACAUUGCAUGGGACCAAGUGACAAAGAAAACGGUUCAAAAUUGCUUUAUUAAGUCUGGAAUUACACACUCUAAUAGUUUAGAAAAUAGAGCAGAAAACCUGGAAAUGUGGGAAAAUGAACACGACAUUCCAUUGUCACUUUUAGCUCAAAUGUUGAGGAAUAAGGAUAAUUUUGGAAUGAUAAACAAUAAUGAUAUCAACAAAUUUUUUAAUGUAGACAAUGAUUUAAUAUUGGAGCAAAUUAAUGACCUUUCUCUGGACGUUUCGAAUCAAGAGGAAGUAGUGGUAUCAUCCGAUGAGUCAGAAGAGGAACACGUUGAGGAAGAAGAGGUAUUGACUACCUAUCAACAGGCUUUUAAUAUGACGCAGUUAAAACGCUUCACUCAGGCUAGGGGUGACCUAUCUGCUUUAGAUUUACUAUCUAAGCUUGAUCUUCAUUUCAAAGAUACUUUGCUCAACAAAAAAAAUCGACAAACGUCUUUAUUAGAAUAUUUUAAUCAUAAACAAUGAUCUUAAUUUGUACAUGUGUUCCAAAAUAUUUACAUAUUAUUUCUUACAAAAAUCUUUAUAUGUAUGUAUGUACUAGUUUAGUUUAUUUUCGGUUUGUUAUUUCUUAAGUUUUUGUUUUGGUUUAUUUUUUUUGCAUAAUUAUAAUUAUUUUGUAACCCUAAUUAUAUACUUAUUGUCAUUAAAUAAUUAGUAUUAAACUUGUU